AUGCAACAUCCAAUUGACAUUAACAAGGCCAGAAGAAAACUUAGAGACAACCCUAGGCAGGUCCUUGCCAAUGCAAGAAAUGGCGUACGGCAGGACCUGCUCGAUGUCGCAAACUUUUGGAAUCUCGAAGGUCCCACUAUGCUAUCCUUUGGUGCUAUCGGAGUUUUAUUCCACCACUUGGACGCAGACAAAACGCCUGUCCAAGUUACUCCAGAGAAUCUGAAUCUUCCAGAGACACGAAACGCCUGGUUUGCCUUCACGGGUCUCUCAAAGCUCGGCAACUUUUUCAACGAAGAUGUCAACCCAGAGAUCUACGACUCUGAAAUCCUGGCCGCCUGGCCUGGACACGCUCUCGACAUCGUCACCGCGACGUGGUACUCCCUCUGCCGCUCUGGCCGCGUCCGGCAGGCCAUGGUCAACACCAUAGGCAGCCUCGAGAUUGCUACCAGGAUGUGGAUUCUCGAAGACGAAGGCCCAGAGUCUCUGAUUGGCAUUCCAUCCGCCUCAGCCGCUCUCGACGCCCUCAUCCGUGCUCCACACCCAGACACCCACGACAGAAUCGUCCGCACCGCCUCGAACAAGGCACAGUCCGUCGCCAAACUCGCGCUCCUCCGACUCAGAAACUCGAUUAAGGACCACUCACGGAUGCACGAAUCGCGUACGGUUAUCUACAUGGACUUGAUCAUCCACCUGUGUCGCCCCGCCAAACAUCCCCUCCGACACGCCUUCCUUCAUGGCGGCAUGAUAACCCUCGCGACCAAUAUAGCUGUGACGGUUUCGAGGCUGUUGAAUUCGGGUGGUCAUCCAGGUCUUAUUGCCGUAAUGGUGGACGCAUUUUGCAUUUUGGCCAACUGUUUGGAGUCGACCGACGGGUUUACUUGGGUUUUGCAGUCGAUCAAAGCUGGCUUAUUAGGCGCUUGGGUGGACUGCAGUCCCUUCUUCGCACGUCUAGAUUCGGAGGACAGAGAGAUGGUCACCGCUAUAUUUAGCAAGAUCGUACCCAAGUACCUGGUGUAUAGGUCGGUUAUUCAGGCUGUCGAUAACUCGAUGCAGAGUCUCAAGCUGGACGAGGAGCCGCAUCGUGGACGGGUGUCGAGGAGUAUUGUGAGUGAUGUCUGGUUUGCAUUCCAUAAACUCGCUUUGGAGAGGAUGUUGGUGUCGUCGUUUGCCAAGGCUAUGAAGGGGAAGGAUGCGACGUGCGACAACGUACAGUGCCAAAGGGUCGACGACAAGGACAACUUCAAACGCUGUGCGGCAUGCCAAUCGACGCUUUACUGCUCGAAGGAAUGCCAGACAAUUGCUUGGAGGCAGGGUGGGCACAAGGACAUGUGCGUCAUGAAACAGCAGGAGCGCCUAGAGGGCAAGCUACAAGCAAUUUCAAAAGGCGAUUCUGCAUUCUUCCACAAACUCGCACCACGCGACGCCCGGCGUGCGCUUCCAACAUUUCGACGCAUGGCCAAGCAACAAUUCCCUGACACAGACAAAUCAGGCCUCGUCGCGUGCAUCGAUUACACUAAACUUCCUCCAGAAUACUCGCUGCUGCCCCUAGCAGACUAUGACACCAAGGGUCCGGCGGUUAGAGGUUCCCCGAAUGCCGAGGCGCGCAGGGAGGCUCUCAUCGAGCGCGCCAAGGACAAUCCAAACAAAAUCACUCUCAUUCAGAGCAAGAUCGCGAAUGGACAGGGUUUGCAAUUGGUUUUGACUAUCGUUCCUGGAUCGUUUUGGGACGACUCGGAGGAGUGGGACUUCGAUCCGGAGGAGGAGGAUGACGAAUAUGGCGACGCUGUUCGCCAUAGAAUGGAUGCAGUGGACAUUUCGAUGGCCCGAAUGGCACUGGACGGUAUCCUGAAGUCUAGGGGCGAGCCUCCGGCGCAUUAG